UGCAAACCAGUGGUCUGUUCUUUUCAGCUGUCUACUAAACUGGUGCAAUAAGUUAAAGUGAGACAAAUAUAUAUUUUCUCACUCUACUUGUUAUACCAGUUCAGCAGGCAGCUGAAAUAUAUUUGUCUCACUCUAACUUAUUGCAUCAGUAUACGAUUCAACGUCAGGUUAGAUGACCUUUCGUGUCUAGAGUCCAAAAUAAGAAAACAUCAUUUUGAUGCAGCUUUGCUAAUCAGUUUUAUCAGGAGAUAAAACUGAUUGUUCAUCCGCUAUUUGCCGCAAUUAGCAGGGCUAAUAUCGACCAUCUAUGUGAGAAUUAUUCUGUUGGGCGUCACCGUAUAUUUGCAUUCGAACUGGACGGCGAAUUUCUCGCGCACAGUAACAUCGCGUAAGAAAAAUGGUGAAAAUAGCGCUGCAGAUUACUUGUAGACUUGACAACGUCGAGGAGCUGAAGCCGGCUGGCCCGGAAUUCAGGUGGUACCUGAAGUUCACUUGCUCCAACUGCGGUGAGAUAUCGGAGAAGUGGAACUACAUUUCCUUGGACGAGUCCACCCCCUUGCAACGAGGCAAUGGUGUCAAUCACUUCGUGAGCAAGUGCAAACUCUGCAUCAGGGAGAACUCCAUGUCGAUAAUGGAGGAUACUAUCAAAUCUUUCACUUCUGAUGAUCAGGGGAAGUUCAAGGCCAUUGUGACGUUUGACUGUCGAGGAAUUGAACCAUCCGACUUCUCCGCGAGGGAGGGGUGGACUGCCAAGGCUACAGAGGGCGGCAAAGAGUUCAGUGACGUAGACUUAAGCGAGGGCGAAUGGGAGGACUACUGUGAUAAGACUAUGCAGCCUGUUGGAAUAUAUGAGAUCAAACAUAGGUUUGAGAGAAUCAAGUAGUGACACUUUGAGUGCAUUCACGCAGUAUAAUGCGCAUUUUGUUUGUCAAUUCUGCAACGAUGACUGACUCAUGACCAUUAUUUCUUUUGAUUGAGAAAGCUGUCGUCAGCAGUUCACCAUCCUAUAUGUGAGGUUUCUAAAGUCUAUACAACUUUCAUAUUUACUCUUGUUUGUUUUCUACUUUGUUUGUACCUUUUGCAAUUGCUAUGGAUGAUUUUGGCAUAGCAAUUUGAUAUUUUCUUCAUAUUUAAAUGUAAGUGUACAACUAAAUAUGUAUACUUGUUUGUGAAGUGUGAGCAAUUGAACAUGCUUAUAUGUAAACAACUAUAGUUU